AUGAAUAGACUUGGAGAUAUGGGAGUUUCAGUCACACCUCAUGGAAGUUUAAACUCAUCACGCGGUGUGAUAUCUGAGAUUGAUCUGAUAUCAGAAGACGAAUCAGAUAUUCAGAUCGGCCUUUCAGACCAAGGGGUCACUGCUGUUCGGCGUAUCUUGAUACGUCGGGAUGGCAAGUUAAUUUCAACAAAACAUUUAAUUCUCACCUUUAACAAGCCGACAUUGCCAUCUUUUAUUACAGCAGGUUAUCUGCGCUGCACUGACCGUCCAUACGUUUCAAAUCCGCUGCGUUGUUUCAAAUGCCAGCGGUUUGGACAUUCACAGACAUCCUGCCGUGGCAAGAGCGUAUGUGCACAGUGUGGGACUGAAGGUCACGAGAGUACCGAGUGUACCAGUACCCCAUGCUGUGUUAACUGCAAAGAUGCCCAUCCUUCUUACUCCCGAAAAUGCCCUGCAUGGCAAAGAGAAAAGGAGAUACAACGGGUGAAAACAGUCAACAACAUACCCUACCCAGAGGCUCGUCGUAUGGUCACUUCAACUGCACCUUUGAGACAGAAAACAUUUGCUGCUGUUUUGAAAUCCACAAAGACAUGUGGGGUUCAAACAGAUAUUUCUGUCUCUCCUAGUGAAUCUCUUACCCGCCAUGCGAAAUGUUUAAUUCUCCCAACUACCCAAACAUCAGAAAAGGAGAUUAAGAAAGCCAAAACACCCCUACCAAAAACAGGGGUAAUGACAAGAAACGUGGGUUCCAAGAAGGCUGCUAAGAACCCGCUCAACAAACAAAAAUUAAAAGCAGCCAUCUCCAAAUCCAAGAGAUCAGAGGCUCAGUCUAUGAGUGAGUUCUCCGACUUCUCUGACGAGGAGACUAAUAAGGAGGUGACACCACCAACUUUACCUCCAAAAGGCAAAUCAGCCGUAAAACUAAAGAGGGAUACCUUCACAAAGAAUGCUGCCUCAAACACAUAA